AUGGGUCUACCAAAAGAUUACCAAAUUGAUAUUCCAAAUAAUAGAAAUUCACAAGACUCUAAGGUGAUUGACAGCCGAGGAAGAAAUUUAAUAGAAACGUGCACUGCACUCAAUAUGCGAAUUUUGAACGGCAGAGUAGUAGGUGACCUUGAAGGUAAGAAAACCUGCUUUCGAUACAACGGAAGCAGCGUUGUUGAUUACAUAAUUGUAAAUAAUGAAAGUUUAGACAUUGUUGAUUAUUUCAUUGUGAAUCCGCUUGAGCCACACCUGACUGAUCACUGUUCGCUUUCAUGCAGUCUAAACCUGAAAUUUACAUUUAAACAAAAAGAUAAUUCAGAAAACGUACAACUAAGUGAGCUCAAAAGAUUGCGCUGGAAUAACGAGAUCAGUAGCGAGUUAAAGCUAUUGUUCGAGUCCGAAGAAGUGCAAACAAAUUUAAAUACGGCUUUAAAUAAUAAUUGCGUAGACACAUCAGUAGAUCUUUUUACAGAAACGCUCUUAUCCGCAUGCGAAAACGCAGGACUGCGCUACCAAAACAAUGACAUAAAAGAGAGCAGCGUUAACAAAAUGUGGUUCGACAAGGAAUGUAAAAAUGAAAAAGAAAAUUUACGCUCACUAGGCAAAUUACUUUCAAAGCAGCCUGACCAACGCGAGCUAGGAGCCGUCUUGAAGGAAAAAAAGAAGUCUUUUAAAAAACUCUGUAGGCGGAAAAAGUAUACGCAUUAUAAUAAUAUAGUAAACAGUAUCGAUUUCAGAAACUCUAAAAACACUUGGAAACAAAUAAAUAGGAUUUUCAACAGCAAUACACAUAAACAAUCACAUCAAAUUAGACCCGAAGAAGCUGCUGUUUUUCAUCAGCACUUCGAACAAUUAAACGCGACAAUAGAAUCACAAAAUACAAUGGAAGAAGUAGAAAAAACGCGGGGGAAUACCCAUCUAGCUGGAGUUAUGGUCUGAUAGUACCGAUCCUGAAAAAAGGAGAUCCUAGUAAACCGGAAAAUUUUAGAGGUAUUACCUUACUCUCGUCACUAGGAAAAGUUUUCACAUCCAUAAUGAACAACAGAUUGUACAAUUACCUUGUCGAAAGAAAAAUAAUCAAACCUGAGCAGGGAGGAUUCAGAAAAGAGCAUGGAACAGUGGAUAGUAUUUUCAUCCUAAAAUCUUUGAUUGACAAAUACGUUAAAGCAAAGCCAAAAAAGAAACAAAACUUCCUAUUUACGUGUUAUGUUGAUUUCAGUAAAGCUUUCGACAGAGUACCAAGACACAAACUUUUUGAUAAGCUAGAGCGUUCAGGCGUAACAGGGCGAUUUCUUGAAGUUUUGAAAUCAAUUUACACAAAUGAUAAGUCCUCAGUCAAAAUUAGAAAUCUGUUAACGCCAGCCUUUAGGUGUUACAACGGAGUGAAACAGGGAUGUAUGAUUUCCCCGACACUAUUUAAUUUUUAUCUCAGCAGCUUGUCCGAGGAACUAAAUACAGUAAGAAAUUGCAACGAUGUCGAACUCAAUUCACGACCUACUAGUUGUUUACUUUAUGCCGACGAUUUGGUAAUCGUCUCGAAGACUGCCACGGGGCUACAAAAAUAUUUAGACAAACUAAGCGAAUUUUGUGAUGAAGCAAAACUCACUGUUAAUCUAGAAAAAACUAAGAUAAUGAUAUUUAAUAACUCUGGGAAAACAAUGAACAACUAUCUCUUUAAAUACAGAAACAGUAAAGUUGACAUUGUCAAGUCAUAUAAAUACCUUGGGGUGCAUUUUAGCACCUUUGGGAACUUCAGCCUAGCAAAGCAAGAAAUAAAGAAGGUCGGACUAAAAGCUUUGUAUAAGCUUCGAAAAGAAAUGGGAAACCACUUUAGAGACAAAAUAACUCUAACACUUAGGCUCUUUGAUACCCUUGUAACCCCAAUUCUAUUAUAUAGUAGCGAGGUGUGGGGAACAGACUGCAAUGACAAACUAGAAAAAGACCCCAUAGAAUCUGUACACACAAGGUUUAUACGUUGGCUGCUAGGCGUCAACAGGUACUGCAGUUCUAAUGCAUGUAGAUCCGAGGUCGGUAGAUUUCCAAUGCGUUUAAAAGCCAAAUGUAGAGCAAUAAAAUAUUGGCAAAAAAUGAUAAAUUCUGACCACAGUAAACUUGCUGUGUUGGCUUUCCUAGAUUCUUUAGAAAAUAACAGCAAGGUAACUUGGGUGCACAAACUGAAAAACAUUUUAGAUCGAGCAGGCUUGGGCUAUAUAUGGCUUGAUGCCCCAAACACGUCUAUAAAUUUAAUAAAGAUGCGCUUUGAAGAUAUCGAGCGACAGGUGUGGCUAAGUGAGAUUCACAAUGAUAGUAGAAGAGACCCACGCCAAAAGAAUAAAUUGCGAACUUUCAGGACCUUCAAGGUGGUCUACGAACUUGAAAAAUAUCUUACCCAAAUUAAUAAUGUACAACACAGAAUUGCCGUCACAAAAUUAAGACUAAGCAAUCAUAAUUUGGCCAUCGAAACAGGUAGACAUGCCAAACCAUAUGUGCCCCCAAAUGAGAGGAGGUGCACGAUUUGCAAAAA